AUGUGCCACGUCUGGCCAGCAAACAGACGACAAGGGCAUUGGCAACAGCAGAAACACGCCUCCACAGACCGUCAACGGAUGGAAAACCGCCAACCGGUACGUCAACUUCCCCAAGACUUGCAAUCAUAUUUUCAUUUCCUUCAAGCCGUCGUUCUUCUAAACAUGGGAGGACCCUCGACUCUGUCAGAGGUCAAUUCGUUUCUCACCAAUCUCUUCUCGGACAAGGACCUCAUUCCCCUCCCGUUCCAAUCCCUUUUGGCACCUUGGAUCGCCCGAAGACGAACUCCCAAGAUCGAACAACAAUAUGCCGACAUUGGAGGUGGCAGUCCGAUUCUCAGGUACACCCAAGAGCAAGGUCGACUGAUGUGCCAACUGCUGGACGAGCUCAGUCCCGAGACAGCUCCGCACAAGCCCUACGUGGCGUUCAGAUAUGCGAACCCUUUGACUUCUCAGACACUGGCCGAGCUCAAGGCAGAUGGCGUCAAGCGAGCAAUCGCAUUCACUCAGUAUCCUCAGUAUAGCUGUAGUACCACAGGGAGCAGCUUGAAUGAGCUUUAUAGAAAAGCGAACCGCGGAGAGGCGGGAAAGAUCAAGUGGAGUGUGAUUGACAGAUGGGCCAUGCAUGAUGGCCUUGUCGACGCAUUCACCAACCUCAUUUACAAAGCGCUCCUCAAAUUCCCCGUCGAACGAAGAUCAAAAGCAGUGCUUCUCUUCUCCGCUCACUCACUGCCAAUGAGCGUCGUGAACCGAGGGGAUCCUUACGUGAUGGAGGUAGCGACCACCGUUGGAAGCGUAAUGAAGCGACUGGCGUCAGUCGACGGUUUCCAGAAUCCGUAUCGACUCGUCUGGCAAUCUCAAGUCGGUCCGUCAGCCUGGAUGGGUCAACAGACUAUCGAGGCGCUCAAAGGACUCGCCAGACUCGGACCUAUCGAAGAGAAGCGAGCUGAGAAAUCAGCGAAAAACAAGCUCUCCGAGCUCGUUUCCGUCGGAUACACAGACGUGGUGCUGGUGCCGAUCGCUUUUACGAGCGAUCAUAUCGAAACAUUAUACGAGCUGGACCUUGAAUAUGUCAAGGAGGGUAAAGAGCUCGGAUUGAACGUUCAACGCGCCGAGUCUCUCAAUGUAUCGCCUACCUUUAUUCGUGCCAUGGCAGACUUGGUGCAUGAACACUUGAAGAGCACCGAAGCGGAGGGUGGUCAACCUCUAUGGCGUCUAAUAACGGGUGUAGGCAUCCGAUCCGGCCCCCGCCAUAUCCUGCUGCCUGAGCAAACUCAUGUUGGCCAACCACCAAAAGGUCCGUUGGAUAUUGAGCCGGAAAAUACAGGGUCAAAUAGCCGAAAGGAAAUCGAAUACGACCCUCAAGCAACCUCAUGGGAGAUUUAUAAUGAGAAAGUUGCGCAAGAGGGCGAGUUUGUGAGAUCGAUCCAUACUUCCAUGGACGGACUUCUGAUAUUUGCGGGUCUCUUCUCCGCUACGGCCUCGGCCUUUCUGCAGUUUACAUGGCCACUUCUACAGGAAGACAAGGCCGAGAGGUCGAACGAUCUUCUACUCGCGCUCUUCCACAAGAUGGAGAACUCGUCCAAUACACUGCCCGAGCGUAAACCAUUCGUCGUGCCUGCAGGAGCAUGGGCUAUCAACUGCCUUGUCUUCGCCAGUAUCGCUGGCACUCUGAUUUCUGCCUUCUUCGCAAUCUUGGUGAAGCAAUGGGCCGCUGAUAUUAUACGUGGACUCACGAGAAUCUCAACACCUCAACUUCGUGCUCGAACGCAUCAAUUUAGAAUACAAGGCGUAUAUCGAUUCCAGUUCGCUCGCAUAGCCGCCUUCGUCCCCGUCAUCGUUCAUUUAUCAUUAGCAUGUUUCAGCAUCGGAAUCGUUGAAUUUCUUAUCUACUCAGAACAGCGGCCACUUGCGGCGGUGGUGAUUGCCUGCUCGCUAUUAGGCGUAGGUGCUUACUUCCUCCUCUCGCUCUUGCCACUGGUUUAUCUCGAAGCCCCUUUUCAGUCUCCCUUGACAGCCAUUUUCCGCUCCCUUGGCUCAAGCAUUCGAAGGCUAUUCUCACUGUGUUUUCCUCGACUGCUAUCAUCCACCGAUCUAUUACUCAACGAGAUCGUUGGUGAGCAAGAUCCGGUUUCGAGGCACAUACAUCUCUCGUGGGCGCUCGACGUUGACGUCCUGGUCUCACUUGUUGGCAUGGCAGACAAGCGUACGGAGCGCCGGGUUCUCGAGCAGGCAUUAAUCGAUUUACAAAGGCUCAUCGUAGUUCGGAAACGUGCGCCUCAGCUCCUCUUAAGUCCAGUCCUCAUGAAUACAUACUUGUACCUUGUGUCUACCAUGAUACAACCGGGUGGGACAGUUUCACUUGCUCACGAUCGAGAGCCAAGAGCCCGUUCGCUGUGUCACUUUUUGAUAUGGUUGGGCUCUAUUAGUGCAGAGAACAACCUUAUGCAACACCUUCGUCAACUCCUUGAAUAUAAUCCAUCGUUUGUGGAUCAUUCUGUACUCCCAAUCGCAUUACGCGCAUACGGUCUGAAAUACAGACACACAGAGGAUGUGGUAUCGGGGGAUAUGGCAGUCCGAGAGCUUGGACAUAUAAACCAAAAUGCCGAAAGAGAGUGUACGGCGUGUGUUGACUUUGUUGUUCACACCAAUGGUAUUCGGACAAGUACGAACCCUCACAGCCUGACAUACAACUAUCUCAUGACCCUCCAACCAGAUAUGUGGGACAUACAGCGCGGGAGGGCGGAAAGGGAACGGAUCAUUGGGUACAUUGCCGCGCAGACCCGCUGUCUCGCCAGAUUUGCGCCCCUAACCGCGCCUUCGAAUCUAGCAUAUGCUCGGAUGCGAAAUUUGAUCAUCAAAUUCCGCCUCGGUGAUCCAGCGCUUGCCUAUAUAUGGAGUGAGACGGUUCCCGGCUCGACUAUUGAAUUCACGAACCCACAUCUUAGUGCGUGGAUAUCGGAGAUUGAAGCACAGCGAGCUCUCCAAGCCUGA